AAACCCAAAAAAAAAAAAAAAAAAUGCCAAAACAAGCUUUUUCUUUGUCUUCGACGGCGCUGUAGCUUAACCACCCACCUAUCCAGCAUCCGCUCUUUAGCCCGCACGCCCGCUAACCACCAAAGAGUAUCUUUCAAUUUGGGUUGAAUCUAUGCUGGGCUCGGACUGGGGAUAACCUACAUGUGCACAUGACCACCUUACCUUUACAGUGUCUAAUAUUACCCACCAACCGGAGCUUCCUCCGAACAAAAAAAGAAAAAAGAAAAAGUACUGAAUCGAUUCAGUGACGAUGGCAGCGCCUCGGCGACGUUUUAUCCGAUACAUACUGCUCCCCAUAGCUGCCAUCUUCUUGCUGUACCGAGGGUUCUUCGGGCCAUCAUCAGCCGGCAGCGACGACGGCCCGAUCUUGAAUCAAGCUCCCCCUUCCCAGACUGGACCAAUUGAGUUUGUUCCUUCUGGCUUCGACUGGGCCACGGGCUUCACGCCCUUCCACCCCCGCCCCGCGGAGCAGGCCCGGCUGCCUCUAGCCUCGGCGAGGAAGCCCCUCCCGCGCGUCCAGCACGCGUUCGAGGCCGACCCGCCGCGGCAUGACCAGCCCGUCCAGGAGGCGCGGCAAAAGGCCGUCCGCGACGCCUUCAAGAAGAGCUGGGACAGCUAUUCGAAAAACGCCUGGACCAGGGACGAGCUGCGGCCGCUGGCGGGCGGCGGCAAGGACACGUUUGGCGGCUUCGGGGCCACGCUGGUCGACGCGCUCGACACGCUGUGGAUCAUGGGGCUGAGGCAGGAGUUUGUCGACGCCGCCAGGGAGGCGUGCCGGCUGGACUUUUCCCCGACCGCCAUCACCAGGCGCGUCGGCAGCCUCAACGUCUUCGAGACCACCAUCCGCUUCCUCGGCGGCUUGAUCUCGGCCCACGACCUCAGCGGCGAGCCGGCUCUGCUUAGCAAGGCGGUCGAGCUGGGCGACAUGCUGCUGGCUGCCUUUGACACCCCGACCCACAUCCCCGGGUUCUGGCUGAAUUUUCAGGACGCGGCAAAGGGGCACCAGUCCGCGGGCAGUGGCGACCCGAGCGCGGCGCCCACGUCCUUGUCGCUAGAAUUCACCAGGCUGGCUCAGCUCACCGGCAACGACAAGUACUACGCCGCCAUCGACGUGGUGUCAAGCAUGCUGCAAAAGACGCAGAAAAAUACGUUGCUGCCAGGCAUGUGGCCGACGCUGCUCAACUUUCAGUCGUGGGAGACGGCGGGCGCCCAGCCGCAUGCCGAAUUCGGUCUGGGAGCCCUUGCCGACAGUCUCUACGAGUAUCUACCCAAGAUGCAUCUGCUCUUGGAAGGAAGCGAUCCCAAGUAUGAGGCCAUGUACCGAGGCGCCAUGGAUGUGGUCGAGAAGCACGUCCUGUUCCGACCCAUGGCCCCGCCCAACGGCAGCGCCGCCGAAGGCACCAUCCCCGACAUACUCUUCUCCGGCACCGCCACCGUCCACCAAGACGGCAGCGUGACCAACAACAACGAGGGCCAGCACCUGGCCUGCUUCACCGGCGGCAUGUUUGCUCUCGGUGGGCGGCUGUUCGACAAUCCCCACCACGAAAAGAUUGGAGAACAGCUGGCCCGCGGCUGCGCAUGGGGCUACGCGAGAUUCCCGACCGGGCUACUGCCAGAGAUGUUUGGCACUUCGGUGUGUCCAUCCAUCGACAAGCAGUGCGCCUGGGACGAGGGGCGGUGGAUCAGGGAGAUCCAACCGCCGUGGGAGAAGCCCAAGGUCAACAGGAAAGGUGCCGUCAAUGGGUUCGACAAGUCGAAACUGCUCCCGACCGGCUUUACUCAUGCCCGCGACCCGCGGUACAUUCUCCGACCGGAGGCCAUCGAGAGCCUCUUUGUGCUGUACCGAAUCACGGGCAAGGAUGACCUGCGGGACAUUGCAUGGCGCAUGUUCCUGGACAUACAGACGGCGACGUCGACGCCGCUUGGAAAUGCUGCCGUUGAGGAUGUUACCGCGACCGGCAAGGCGAAGCAGAUCGAUUCUAUGGAGAGCUUUUGGCUGGCAGAGACGUUAAAGUACUUCUACCUGAUAUUCUCCGACCCCGAGUUGAUCAGUCUGGACGAGUGGGUGCUUAAUACGGAAGCCCACCCUCUUAAACGACCUACCAGUUAGACUCCAGCGAAACAGACUUAAGGAUUCCAGACGGUGUGUUAAUUAUAAUUGAAGGAUACUGGCCAGUAAAUUUAGAGGACUCCCAAGGUAAAUACAGAAGUGGCUCUGAGCCACCUCCAGUGACCGAAAUGACCGGGUGCGCAAAGGAACUACCAUUCUGCAUAGGACACGCAUGCAAACGUGCACACAUUUUAUUGGCAGCAGCUGCGUUGGAAUAACACAGGUCGGUAAUGAUCCGGCGACAACGUAGGUGGUAGGUAAGUAGCUAUACCGAGCAGAAAAGAAAGAUACUAGCAACUAGAACUAGGUACAAAGAUACGGGGGACGGGCGAGUAUCUACAGUACCUGGAGUACCUUAAGUAGCUUAGCUGCGCUCGUGCAACGUAGGCCAUUCCCGAAUACCAUCUGUACCUCUAAUAUAGACUAGAUCUAGAACUAGACCAGACUAGACUAGAGUUAGCUCCCACGAUGACAGCUGAAGACCUUCAGCCCCGG